AGCUCAGCAGUCAAACUUGUACGAUGUCACGUUAAACCUCUGGAUCUGGCACUUACCAUAACUCCACAGGUCACUAAAGAGGUUGAACCUUCUCCAGUUCAGCAGGGAGCCCCCACUCAGCCAACAUACUCCGAGGUGACAUUUCCAAAUCCAGAGCAAGUUCAGGCUCAGCAUCCAACCUUGACUGAGGUCACAAUUCAACCUUUGGACCUUGAACUGACCAUAAGGCCAGAACCCACUAAGGCCGAUGAACCUUCUCCAACCAUGCAGGAGACCUUAACCCAGCCUCCAGAACCACAUAAGGAGGUUUUUGUAGCUCAGCCUCCACUAUAUCAGAACCCGAUAGUUCCAGCACCAGAUCAGGAUCAUGCUGAGCAUCCAACAUCACCCAGUAUCACAGUUAAACCUUUGGACCUGGAGCUUACCACAACUCCAGAACCUACUACAGAGUCUGAACAUUCUACAGCCCGGCAACAGACUACAGCUCCCCCUCCACAACACCCUGAGAUGACACUUGCACAACCAAACCUGACUCAAGUCACAGUUCCACCUGUGGACCUGGGAGUUAAAAUAUCUCAGCAAGCAAGGCCAAUCUGAGACAGUUCUUUUUCCUUCCACUCAGUAUCCACAGGUCUUCCUGGUGUAAAAUAUACCCCAGAAAAGAAGCAGCCCGAACAGAAUGCCACCACAAACAUCAGCAUAUGUGAGCUCUGUACCUGCAAAAAUGAGACGCUGUCGUGUGUUGGUCUCAGCCCAAAGCAGCAGCUCCACAGGGUGCCUGAGCCAGAGCCUACCAUCUACAACGGCACCUUCGCCAUCAUGUAAGAAUCGCCUUUCCUCAUUUGUUCUCUGCAUGCUGCCUGACAUGGCAGCCUUUCUUCAGGUCUUCCUGGCUCCUUAUCGCCCCAAUCCACAUUGACUGACUUUCUGUUUCCACCUUUUGUUUGUCAGUGAUUCCUUAUCUUCAUUCUCUUUCUUACUAUUUUUCCCUCUCCUCCAGUCUUUUACUUUUAAUUGCCCUUAUUUUUUCCUUCUCCAUUUUUUACCCCAUUAUUUAAUUCCUUAACAUCUACCCUUCUCCCAUCUUUACUCCAUCCUCUUUACAGCAACAUGUCCCUCUCCCCAUCUCAUUGGUGGUAAUACAACAACGUGGUUAAGAGUAGAGAUUCCGGAGCCAGGCUACCUGGGUUUGAACCCAGGUCUGUCAUUUAUUAGCUUUAUGACUCAACUUCCUCAUCUGUAAAAUGGGGAUUAUGGUAGUCAUCAUCUCAUAGGAUGAGUCCUAUGACUCCUAAAUCUCCUAAUGACUCCAAUCUCAUCGGGAGAUUUAGAUGAGUUAAUAGAGGUAAAGCUCUUCUAUCAGUGCCUAGCAUAUAUUUUAGUGUGAGCUAUUAUGAUUAUUCAAUCCCUCAGUUAUAUCUAGAACUCAUCUUUGUCCCCUGGCUUUCUAUAUGUAGCACCCAUUUUGUGCCCAACCCAGUGCUAAGUACCGUGGGAGCCACAGAAGUAUAUGGCCUUGUCUCCAGAACAUGACAAUGCCAAGUGGGAAGAAAGGGGAUAUGCCUUAAAAGGGAGGUAAUAUAUAAUUAAGUAUUAAGAGAAAUACAGAUAGGUGCUGUAAUUCACCAGAACCUGUAAUCACAGGGGUGUGGAGGUCACGGAAGGCUGCAUGGAUAAGCUAAAUCUUUAACUGGGACUUAAAGAUUGGCUGUGAUUUGUUAGAAAAAUAAUAGGCAGUACAGUCUAGGCAAAGGUGUGACUGCACGGAUGAUCAGAAUUUAAUAGAUGAGUCUGGCUAUAAAGAGUUGGGUUAGGCAACAAUGAAAGAUAGGAUUUUGCUUGGCUAUCGGCAAUGGGGGCUUGAAAGUUACACCGUGAGAUAUGGGGAGCCACUGCAUGUUUUCAAGCAAGAGAGACAAAUGAUUAAAACAAGAGGCUGAUUUUAGAUGUCAUAUGUAGAGCGAUCUAGAGAGGAAAGCUUGAUUCAGGGAGACCAAAUAGAAUGCUUUAGCACAAUCUAGGAGUAAAGUGACAAAGGGCCGAAUUAGAAUGGUUGUCAUGGAAGUAGAAAGAAAAUCCUGAGAGUACUACAGAGGAACAACUGACAAGAUGUAGUAAUUGACUAGAGUUGGGGGAUUGUAGUACAGGAAAGAGAAAAAUCACAUGUGUUGAUGGGCAGAAUGAUGGUGGUAUAACAGGUGGAAAUACAGCACUUGGGAAGCAGAGUCAGUUUGAGGGAGAUGAAU